AUUAGAAUAUAGUUAAAAUACAACUCAGUUUGCGCUCCAUUUCCCUGCCCUAAUUGACGCCCUGGUCGCGCUUAAUUCACAUUAUAUCCUCAGACCCCUCCUGUUGCCUCCAGUGACGAACCGCCCAGCCCCCGGAUUCUCACCCACAACCCCUUUAAGGAAAUGGAGAUGAGUAAUUAUUCACCACUCACUAUGUCGUCACAAUAACCUACACAAUAACCCACGAAAAUAAACGUGGAAGACCAACGAAUCUAUCAAAAAGAACAAUAAACAGAGACCUUCGAACAGCUCAGAAACACAACUCUUCCAAAGAAGGAAAGAACGAAAGACGCCCUUGCCUCUUCAUAAGAAAAGUCCUUCGCUCUUUCUCUAUUGUAAGUGGAUUCUGCUCUUUCCAAUUUUAGGCCUUCACCGCGACGACACUGACGCUCCUUCCUCAGACACAUCACCACGCCUUCACUAUGGCAGCCCCUUCCAAAAACCGCGCCUCCUCUCCUUACACCGCCAACAACCCCCAUCGCUCCCACCCAUCACAGUACCACCCCGCAUACACUUCCCAAUACCAUGGCUCCGCACCAACAAGCGCACCCACUACCUCGCCAUUUGCCCCAAGUCCCCAUGGCCGCGGGACCUAUAUAAGUCCAUCCCCGCAUGGCAUACCUCUCUUCAACGCAGAACUGCACGCCCACCAGCUCAGCCUCCAAGAGAGGGAUUUGAGCUAUCAGCACACUUCUUCGCCAUCGUCGUCAGAGGAGACCUACGGCGAUUUCUCACCCAUCUAUGCAACCGCACCCCCAAGCAGUGCACUUACGAUGCCCUCCUCACAAACCCCGCAGCAUCACUUCACUCGUCCAUGCCACAAACCCCCCCGUCAGACCUGGGAGACAGGGAACCCAUUCACACCCACCACCUUCGCUCCAUACCACGAGGACGGUACUCCCGUGGCUUACUUCACCACAACCUCACCCAUCACCACAAGCACCCCCGCCGCCAUCCAUCAGGGACAAGAAAACGGGUACCACUACAUCGGCACGCCCUCCACCCCCCCCUCACCGCUGCACCCCCACAUCUCCCCCCUCGACCUAACAACACCCACUACCGAAGCCUGCGCACGCUACAGGAACGCACAAGACACACCACUUACGCCCUUCUUCUUCCAGGCCACCUCCCCCGCCGUGACAGCCCCAAGGUCUGAAGCGGGCAGCGAGUUCAGCGGCGUGUUAGUUGGGGAAGUUGGGAAUAAAGAGGCGAGCGAGGUGGUGCAUAGGUUGAUGGCUGAUCAGAAGGGCACCUCAAGAUUCCCCGCCUCAUUGGCUGGGUGGAAUGGAUUUGAAAACCCCGAGGAGGAAAAAUCAGGACAGGGAGGGAGUGAGGAACUGAUCUCCCCAUGCACCACCACGCAUACUUUCCCAGCCCAAGAAACUCCCCAGUACGCAGAAACACCAAGUCCCCUCGCCCCCGCAUACACCUCCCCCCUCACCUCACCCCGCGUGCGCAGGACCUACCAAAACUCCAACGCAUACCGUCACUUCGUCCCCCCUCCCGGCCCCUUAUCACCCCUCCCGCUCGCACCGCGACUCCCUCUACCCGAGCCGCGGUACAGCGAGGAUUACAGCAUCAACGCCGACGACGUGCACGUAGCGCGCGCGCGCCAGCUGCUGGAGGAGCAUAUGAAGAAUCGCUGGGGAAGCGUGUUGAGCGCUAACCAAGCACUCCAAUUCAUCACCGGGACUGAUGCCGGGUCGAGCAGGGCGCCUCUGGAGACGGCAGCAGCGGCGUUGGUGCAUAUCAAAAACCGCGUACCACAACAGCGACCCAUUCUCCCCGGAUUUGGUACGCCGAUGCAGUCGAUGCAGCGUAUGCAAGCCGAGCGAGCGGGGAGGGCGAGGUCGUUACGUGCGAUUUAUGAUGAGUACUUUUCGCGCCCUGAUGCUAGGGCUGUGGAACUCUGCUCUUUAUCUAUCCAUGCCGUGAGCGGCUCCUUUGGCAACAGCAACAGGAGCAGCGGCAGCAGCAGCAGCGGCACCCCCAAUUGCCAGCCCGCGAAGCUGAAAAACGAACUCCUCGCCCACUUCACCGCCUCAGAAGGCGGGGCUGCAAUCCAGUUCGUCGAAAUCGACAUCCCGAACCCCACAGGGAGCUAUAACCGCCACCCCUUCGAGCGCUGGGCAUUUUUCGUCAUUGCGGUCCCCAUGGUUUGCGGGCCGGGAGGAGUGGAUAAGGGGUUUGUGGGCUCGUGGGAGAGAGGGAGUAUGUUGAUCGCCGCACCGCUUCGGGAGGUGGCGGGGGAGGGGAAGGCGGUGCAGGAUGUGUUGGGGGAUGGGAGGGGUGUCUGA